UUGUUGUGGCUGUUGAUUAUAACAACUUUUUUUUAAUAGGUCUUCUCACAAAUUUUAUUAUUGCUUACUAUUAAUUUUCAACAUUCAACUGGCCAACAAGAAUUCCCAUCUCCUGCACAAUCUCACACUGGGCUACAACAUCCAUGACAACUAUUGGAGCACUUUACGCACUUCAGAUGCCUUGCUGGACAUGCUCUCCACUGGAGAAGCCAAUGUCCCCAACUACAGUUGUGGAAGGAAGGAGAACCUUCUGGCUCUUCUUGAUGGAGCCAAGAGGGAGAUCUCCAUCCAGAUGUCAACAUUAGGAGGCACCUACAAAGUCCCACAGAUCAGUCAUGACAUUGCUUCAGAGGCUCUGAGUGAUAAAAGGAAAUUCCCCUUUUUCCACAAAAUGUUCCCCAAAGAAGGGAUCCAGUACCCAGCAACUGUCCAACUGCUCCUCCAUUUCAGAUGGACCCUGAUUGGCCUUUUUGCUUCAGACACAGAAAAUGGAGAGAAUUUCAUGAGGAUUUUUCCUCCUGUGCUUGUCAGGAAUGGAAUUUGUGUUGUUAUAUCACAACUGUUCUCAACAACUGGAUACACAACAGCCCCAGGGAUUCCCUCUCUAAGUGGAGACAAGUCAACGUCUUUGUUCACUUAA